CCAGUGACGUGUCUGCGGGACUCUCCCAGCGCUUGUACCUGCUAGCAGAAGCAGCUGCUGAAGAUGGAGAGCGUUUCCUGCGUCCGUCGCGUUGUCCGCUCGCUGCCGCCGCUGCUGUCGCUGCUGCUGCUGCUGCUGCGCUCCAGCUGCGAGGGGAGAGAGUCGGAGCUCAACUUUGUGACCUGCGGCUCCCUGGUCAAGCUGCUCAACACCAGACACAACGUCCGCCUCCACUCUCACGAUGUCAAGUACGGCUCAGGUAGCGGACAGCAGUCUGUGACCGGGGUGGAGAGCGCCGACGACGCCAACAGCUACUGGCAGAUUCGUGGGAACCCGAAGCGCCAGUGUCAGCGUGGCUCGGCUGUGAAGUGUGGUCAGACGAUUCGCAUCACACACAUGAAGACUGGCCGAAAUCUUCACACACACCACUUCAGCUCCCCCUUGUCUCAUAACCAGGAGGUGAGCGCCUUUGGGGAGCACGGCGAGGGAGACGACCUGGACGUGUGGGCGGUUCAGUGUGAUGGAGACUACUGGGAGCGCGAUGAGGCCGUGCGCUUCAAACACCAGGGUACCGACGUUUUCCUGAGCAUUACAGGCGAGCAGUACGGCAACCCGAUCCGUGGCCAACGAGAGGUCCACGGCAUGAGGUCCCCCAACCAGCACAACUGGUGGCGCACCAUGGAAGGUGUCUUCAUCCAGCCCAGCCAGGAGCUGCUGCAUCAUGAUGAACUCUGACCUCAUCAGCUGGAGACGUGGACCUGGACCAAAUAAAGACUCCUGUUGAGACCUGAGUGCUGUGAUUGGUCUUCCAGCUUCUGUUCCUCCUCUAGAUGUGUGAAUAGGGCUGGUCUGCUGUAAGGACACAGCCUGUUUAAAGCCACUCCACGCUACGGUCACUCUUCUUCUACCAGUUCUGUCAUCCUAAAGGUCGUGUCUGCAUCACUGAUGGUUUGCUUCUGAGCCCAGCUGCUGCUGCCGUUUAGUCAAUAAACCUCCUCCUGAAAGCUG